GAAGGGUGGUGUUCCUGCGUGUGCUUAGCCUCGCGCGUUUAAAUCCGAACCAUCAUCAGAGUUGUUGGUCCAAUGUCAUAUUCUGCUUCGCUGAUACUCAACAAAACGCACAGAACAUGGGCACCGAAUUCGACAGCAAUAGCCUGAAGCUUAUGCAGCUGCAACCCGACGGCGUAGGUCUGAUCGACUGGGAACAAAUAUGCACAGACUACGUGUGUACCCGUGUAGGAGCCUACGCCCUUGGAAUCUGCUGCUGCGCCUUUCUGCUACCCUUCUUCACGGACACGCCCGAAUCGAGAUGUUGCUACUGCCUCUUGAGCGUUAUACUGUUGAUCACCUGCGAGACGUUACCCUGUGAGGCAGCAGCCAUUUUGCCUCUCUUUCUACUUGCCAUUUUCGAUCUACCCACCAAUAUCGAACGAUACCUCGGCCCCGCUGUCCUGACCGAACUAGCAUCAACUGCAGUGGUAUUCUACGCCGAGCAAUCCGCUCUCUUCACCCGUGUUGCUCUGUGGUUCCUCCGCCGGUGCGGUACCAGGCACCGCUGUAUCCUGCUCUCGAGUAUUACCAUAGGCAUCGUCUGUUCCUUCACCGUGCUUGACUCUGGCACCACGGUGCUCAUCCUCGCUGCUGUACUCGAAGCCUCGGUGCGUGCUCUACAGAACGAGUCAAUACAGGCGAUUCACCAGAGAGCACUCUUCGACAAGGCCACGCAACGGUUGCCUGCGUUCCGCAGGCAGCAGCUCGCAAACAUUCUCUGGCCUCCGCAUGAUUCAAGUUCAAGUUCCAGUGAAAGCGGAUCAGAGAGUGAAUCAGCAACUCCUGCAACAUCAACGGAAGAAUAUCUAUGGGAUGGGUUCAUGUAUCCCGUGGACAAGUCGAAGCAGCCACCGUGGCCCUUGCACAUCCCACCUAAGGCCCCAUUGCCACCUCCCGGUCGUUCUGCUCUGAAAGAUCCCAGCAAACACUCCCAUACCCCGAAGGCAGCCCCGAAGCAAACAACCAUUCUCACGGAAGGAGGGGUCGUAAUACCUGGUGAAUCUUCGCCGCUUCCAAAACCGAAAUACAAGGCCGGGGAAGUCAAAUUUCAGUCCUCUUUGCAAACUAUCAUGAAGCAGGGAGUAUUGGCGGAUGUGAUGUAUUGGAACAAUCGGCGAUAUCUGAAGAUCUACGGCAAUUUGCUGAGCAGCGCAGCUAUAGCGACGGUAGUGACCGCAAUUCCCGCCCUGCAUACAAACACUGCUAACCGCUACUUCCUGAAUUACUUCCGCAAGCGCUUCGAAGAAGAUGUGGUAAGUCCACUCACGUGGUACGGCCUACUGGCACCAGUUCUCGUGGCACCAUCGUUCGCUUUCUGGACGUACGUCACCAGAUACACGUUGAGGAAAUUCGAUGCCGCUCAAGAUCGACACUCGGUCGCUGCAAUCAACGUCGCACUCGAAAAAGAAGAGCAGCGCUUGGGACAGAUUAGACCGUGGACAUACGUUUCCGUGGUGCUUCUCCUGAUAUGGAUUGUCAAGAAAGGUGUUGAAUACUUCUACAUAUCCCAAGGGGACAUGAGCGCUCAUCGUGAGCUAUCCUUGGACUACCUCAUAGUGGUGGCGAUGUAUUCUGUGUCGACUUCCAUGCACCUCGUGUCACCAGCCGAUGAAGUUGGCCCCAGGCUGCCCUGGAGAGCCCUGCUGAUCUAUGGUGGCAGCGCCUGCGUGGCGUCCACUAUUAAGGAAGUGGCAUUCGUCCCAUGGGUGGCAAGCCAGUUCCCUGAGCCAGGCAGCUACCGUUUUCCAGCGCAGAUGGUGUUGACCGUGGGUGCUGCUCUGCUCACUGAAGUUAUCAGCAACGAGGACACACUCGCCAUCUUGUUGCCCGUCGCUGUUGACAUGGCCAUAGCGAUGCCUUGCAACCCUCUCUACUUUGCCUUGCCAAUAACAGUGGCAUCGUCGACAUCCUUGUUGCUACCAAUGUCUUCGUUUGCCAUCGCCUACGUCUACGACCGCUUGGGUAUGACUCCCUGGGAUCUGCUACUGUGUGGACUGCUGCUCAAGAGUUUGGUGGUGUGUUCGGUGCUGUUCGUAAUGAGCACAAUUGGCGCAGCGGUGUUCCAUUGGCAACGGAUUCCAAGCUGGAUCAAUCGGAACGGCACCUUCAACAUCACCGACAUUUGAUGACCCAGCCUACUACCUGUUUUACCUUCGCGCUCCAUAAGGAAUUUGUAGCACCCCGACCUGACACACAGCAUACGUUAAACGAUGUAUCUACACAAAUUUUAUUUGGUGUGGUUACGCUGCGCCUCGAAUAUAUUCUACAGCUGAAGGAAGUUGGUUUUA